AUGUUGGCGCCCCAAUAUCGUCGCUCUGUAACCGAUUGCUAUGAUCGACAUCGCCCCAACAUGCCGAAUACAGCUCGUCCUCCACCGAGCAUGAAAACAGAUAAUAGCGAUAACACAUUUCACGCAAGUUUAUCCAUGUUGGAAAAUCCAACUCAGAAUUCUGCCGCUGCUUAUACCGCUAGUUGGGUUAGCAGCACCUCUAGCAUUCCACCAGAACUGAGAGAUGAGCCCGAGCGGGACGAUCUUGCAGCUGGUGCGUCUGCAGUUUUUACACCUCCGGUCAGCACGUUUGCUGACCAGUUCAGCAACAUAUCGAUCACCGAGAAAGACGGCGAAUUAUUGACUACACAAUGGGAAAACCCUACGAUUCUUGCGGCACAGCAGUGGCCUGGUCUCGGGCAAGAUGGAGGUGGUGGAGGUGCUUCUGUGGGCCAAGAAAGACGUCGACGAGCUGAUGAACGCCAACUUCAUGCCCGCGAAUCUUCUAAGGAGCUCACUUGGGAGGAACGCAUCCGAAAAGGAGCUGUACAGAAAGAGCGCGUUGAGCAGCGAGGUUUGGAAAGGCCUGAGAGGACCGAGCGUGAUGGGCGUGAGAACAACUCUGGAAACGUUCGUCACAAAGGUCAACGUGGCGGUCGAUAUGGAGUGCCUUCAAGAUCUGAUCGUUUAGGAAGGGAAACAAUACUUUCUCCAAUCCUAGGAGAUCGAGAUGAUUAUCCAUGUCGUAAUGGUCAAACCAUACGAUCUACACGAGGAAAUCGCACAGUGGAAAGGACUAUUCACCACGACAUCGGGGCAAGGAUAGUUCCAAUGCGUGUACCGCAAUACUACAGUCAUGGAGUCCCACUGUUUAUGGCUCGUGGGGCGUACUAUCGUGCAGGACCUCCUCCAGUAGUUUGUAUUCCGCAACAGGAUCAACGUUUUCGAAACACAUGGCUUGAUGCUAGUCUUGGUAUCAACUACCCGUCUGUUCAAAUGGUUGAUUAUUCGUACACUCCUUGCUGUGGUGUGUAUCGUACACGGCCAACUUCUGGUGGGCGGAGCGGCUGUCGCUAUGCGUCCAAUAAUCUUUGUAAGGAGAACGUAAACGCUCAGUGCAACGAACAAACAUCCAUCGAAACAGAUCAAAGCAGAAGGGCUCAAAGUGCUGUUGAGAAUAACGACUUAUCGAAAGCUGAUGAGGAGGACUGGGAUGCUGAAAUUAAAGAGCAGAAGCGGAGUCGUUGGCCUCGUAAUAGUGGUCAUGGUACUAUUCCAUCUGGUGAUAACCUAAUGGCCAGUGUGUCUGGUGUGAAAAUGCAGUACAGCCGAAUGUAUAUACCCAAAAUAGGAGGCGUUGUGGUGGGACGUAUUGCAGGCAUUCAAAGGGCUCGAUGGAAGGUAUUUGAUUCCGAUGUUCUUGAUGAGGUCGCUAUGUCAAAGCAUCUCGUGGUAGGUGAUAUGCUUAGUGCAGAGGUUCAGCAAAUACGAACGCGAGGGCAGUUACAACUUCAUACAAGGAAUAUAAAUAUGGUGCUCCCAUUAGACAAGCGUAAAGUUUUGGUAAGGAUUGCUGCUUGCAUGCGAAUGCUCGCCAAGAAUCUUAUUGCCAUGUGUGAUGUAACGCUCAUGUCAGCCUAUAGCGUGACGUUGACAGACAAGGUGAAGGACAUGGCGCGUCCUGAGAUUUCUUCGGUACUCGUGCCAAGAAUAACAGAUUUGAUAGCGGCUGAAGAAAAGCGACGCGCGCUGGAAAAAGAUAGAGCGGAAGCUGCUAGAAAAUGA